AUGACGCAAGAGUUGCGACCAACACAAUCAACACCAUCAAGACCAGGACCAACACAAUCAACACCAUCAAAACCAGCACCAACACAAUCAACACCAUCAAGACCAGCACCAAAACAAUCAACACCAUCAAGACCAGCACCAAAACAAUCAACACCACCAACACAAUCAGAAGCAGCAUCAUCUCCAGCACCAGCACCAGACUCUGUCAUCCCAAAAGGACUUGUGGAGCGCUGCUCCAUACAAAACCCCCAGAAGUUCAUCAACGACUUACUUCAUGGCCUCUACACCCGAGAAUUCAUGUGUGCCCACUCAGUGACUGGCCAGACCUCCAGCAGCGGCACAGAAAAUAAACCUGGCCUCCAAAAAGACCUCGUUGAAAUAACAAAUGCGGCAAAGACAAAAUUUCAACACAUCACAGACUCCAACGUCAAAGCGUUCAUCCGUCAGAAACUAAACAAUGCUGCCAAACUCAACAAAUAGAUCAACAAUACACUACCA